UUCAAGUACAGAUUUGGGUGAAAACGGUUCCACCUGCAUCGAUCGUGAUGAAGAAUGCUGGUCGUCAUUAUGCCCAAGUCGUCCGGAAGAAGGCAUAUUUUCCUGUCUGCAGGGGAAAAGAAGAGUGUUCUCUUAUAGAGGGAAUUAAAAAAGAUCUGACCCUGCAAAUACAAGAUCUCCGCUUGAUUUCUGAACUGACAGAAGGACAUCAAAGAUGCUCUCCAGUGUGGCGAUUGAACCGGGAACCUUUCACGGAUACAAAAGCUUUGCUGAAAACUAAACCACCCUUUCUGUCCUCACGGUCUGAACCUGCUUGGUAUUGGGUGUGCAUUUUGGAUACUGCUGGAAUUCAGAUUUUCUUCCACGUACACAAAUUUAUCGGCCUUCCUGAAAUGCCGUAAAAGUAAUUCCCUUGAACUUUUCCAAGUAUUCCGGAAAAGGGACAUAGGUACCUUCCGUUCGUGCGUAAGGCUGUAGAUCGACAAGGGUGAUGGACAAGAAAAUCAUCUUAGAUUGCCGUGGGCAGUGGGCUAGGCUCUUCAAGGCCCGGAAUCGAGAAAUCAGUGGCAAUGAAAA